CUUCCGGUUACUCCGGAAGGGGAGGCUUCAUAUGCUCCUGAGUUCCUCCCUCGGAGGCCAGCUAGAGUGACGGUAUGGCGGGCCGAGCGGCGCGGCUAGUGCUGCUAGCCGGGGCAGCCGCGCUAGCAAGCGGCUCUCAGGGCGACCGCGAGCCGGUGUACCGCGACUGCGUGCUUCAGUGCGAGGAGCGGAACUGCUCAGGGAGCGCACUGAGGCACUUCCGCUCCCGCCAGCCAAUCUACAUGAGUCUGACAGGCUGGACUUGUCGUGACGACUGUAAGUAUGAGUGUAUGUGGGUCACUGUUGACCUGUACCUCCAGGAAGGUCACAGAGUGCCUCAGUUCCAUGGCAAGUGGCCUUUCUCCCGGUUCCUGUUCUUCCAAGAGCCAGCUUCUGCGAUGGCCUCUUUCCUCAAUGGCUUGGCCAGCCUGAUGAUGCUCUGUCGCUACCGCACUUCUGUGCCAGCCUCCUCUCCUAUGUACCACACCUGUGUGGCCUUCGCCUGGGUAUCCCUCAAUGCUUGGUUCUGGUCUACAGUCUUCCACACCAGGGACACCGACCUCACAGAGAAAAUGGACUACUUCUGUGCCUCCACCGUCAUCCUCCACUCAGUCUAUCUGUGCUGUGUCAGGACCGUGGGGUUGCAGUACCCAGCUGUGGCCAGCACCUUCCGGGCCCUCCUGCUGCUGCUGCUGACCGCACACGUCACCUACCUGAGCCUCGUGCACUUUGACUAUGGCUACAACCUGGCGGCCAACGUGGCUAUCGGUCUGGUGAACGUGGUGUGGUGGCUGACCUGGUGCCUACAGAACCUCCGGAGGCUGCCACAUGUGUGGAAGUGCAUGGUGGUGGUCUUGCUGCUGCAGGGACUGUCCCUGCUGGAACUGCUCGACUUCCCGCCCUUCUUCUGGGUCCUGGACGCCCACGCCAUCUGGCACAUCAGCACCAUUCCCGUUCACAUCCUCUUUUUCAGCUUCCUGGAAGAUGACAGCCUGUACCUCCUGAAGGGAUCGGAAGCCAAGUUCAAGCUGGACUGAAGACACUGGGAGCCAUCUCCUCCCUUCCUGUCAGCUUCUCCUUCCCCCUCCCACCUUGAGAUGAUUUAUUUUCUCCUUUUAGUUUCUUGAACUUGGACAUGAGGCGUGUGGGCCCAGAAUCAUGUAGCUGCCCACCCUUUGCUGGUCUUCACAGGGCUUGGAGCCUGCCCUAGGGAUGUCCUCAACCCAGCAUCUGGGGUUGCAGAAUGGGCAGCCACUCUGGUUCCUGGAGCUGAGCUGGGAUAGAACUGUGUUCUUAGUUCUACCUGGAGGAAGACCCUUAGGGAUACAAUGGGAUCCCCUUCUAUUACUGGCACCCUGCUUCAGGGCACCACUAGGUGGCGCUGGAGCCCUGCUCUUUGGCUACCCGGUUUUAAGGCCAGUCUCAUGCUCCUGGUUGGGAUGCAGAGGGACCAAGCUGCUGGGAUAGGGACUGGGGAGGGGUUUCACCCUGGCUUUUGCCCAAGCCAGACUCCCAGGAGGCCUCACCACUCUUCCUUUCUGGGCUGGGACUCCAGAGGGCCCAGGACAAGAAUGCAAUGCGGUUUUGGUUGGGAGCCUACAUGUGAAUGUGUAGGAGAGCAUGGACCAGGCCAAGUACAGAGGGGACUGGGUGGUGAGCAUGGUUCCAUGUGUGUAUGCAAGAGACAAAAUGCAUGUGCACAAGCUAGUGCACUCGGACCCAGGUGUGCAGUAUACAGAGGGUUUGUGUGUGUUCAAGGGGCAGCUGGUGAGUGUGGGUUUGGAGAGUGUGCAUAGACUGUAAGUGUACUUGUGGGUGUGUCUGAGAUGGGUGUAGAUGCAGGUAAAUGUGCCAGAAAGGGGAAUUUAGAGCAGGAUGGGAAUCAAGUCACCACCAAUCACCUGCUCUGCCCACGGCCUAAGCCAAGAUAUGCACAUGCUCAGAGUGAGGUCUGGGGGUCCAGGCUGUGUGCAUGCCUGUCCAGUGCCCCCUUUGCCAUCCCCCUCCAAACCUCACAGGGCCCCCGCAUACUUAAGAUCAGUACUAGCUCCUUGGGGCAGGGUGAAGAAGGAAAAGGGGACUCCCAGGGCCUUCUCCAGCCUCCCUGUCUCCUCACCUAGCAUGUUGGGCCUCCCCUCCCCCGUUCCCUGCUCUAGCCCCUUUGCCACAGCCUGGACGUUGGGGGGUGCAUCAAGCAAUCUGGGGGCAAGGGGAGAGAACCUGUGGCUGAGUCUGGUUUCUGCCAUCCCCAGAGGGACUCCUGUUCCACGGUGACCCCAGGAAGGCAGGGACCACACUAUGCCUGUGUCCUGAUAAAGGUGACUGCCUGGCAUUUGCCAGCAGCCCUGUCUCUCUCCUGCCCCACAAGGAUAGAGUAUGCGGCUCCAGAAACUCCAUCCCAAAGGCAGUCUGCAACUGAAGCAAGUAUUCUGUAUUUAUGCUCUGUCCUGGCCCCUUUGUCCUCUUUAGAGGCAAGGGAGCUAUGCUAGGACUGUAACCUCAGGAAAUUAGGAGGCCCAUGUGAGGUUCUUUUGAUACUAAAAUAAAGCAGGAUGGUAGCAAGGAGCAUGCUUAAUAAACCAAUUCCCCAGCCUCCCCUUUUCAGUUCAUUUGUGU